AUGAGUUUUAGGCAUUUCAAGAGGAGACAUUAUACAAGCUCCCAAGAUGAAAGCUCUUCAGCAGAUGAAGAACAUUCAGCGGAAAACACAUAUGUAUCGAAGAAAUUGGCUUCGGUAAAAGGGUAUAAUCGAGUUGCCAAAAGUCUGGAAGAUUCACCAAGGAAUGACACUGUCAAGGUUAGCAGGGAAUCCGAUGAGAGUGAAAGUGGGGCGAGAUCCGAAAAUACAGAGAGUAGUGAUGACAGCAGUUCAAGUGAGAAUGAAGAUAUGAUACCUUUACGUAGGCCUGUAUUUUUGAAGAAAAAGACGAAUAAGCAGCAUCAAGCCGUUACCAUCGAUCAAACACAUGAUGAUCGUUGUGAAAAACCUGCAGGACAAAGAAAGAAAGAAAUCGUGAUGAAAAAAAUUGAGAAAGCUAACCAAGUGGCAAAGAACGAUGAAACUAUGAAGCUGCGGGUUGACACCAACUACAGCACCAACGAGGAGCUGAUCAGGCAAUGUAUGCUUCUUAAUGAUGACGAUGAGUUUGAUACAGAAAAGGAGAGACAGCGAUGGAUUGAGAGACAAGUCGUGCGUAAACAGAAGCAUAGAAGUUCACAGCUUGCUAAGCAGCGAGAGCUGGAAGAACAUGAAGCAAACAGGUUUGCAGCAAUGCGAAAAGAUAAAGAUAGACAUACCAAAUAUAAAAUCACCUUAAAUACAGAAGAAAAGCAGUUAAAAACCAAGAAUCAUAGAUCUGUUGAGAAACCAAAAAAAUCUUAUGAUAACAGUCGCUAUAAGGUCACAAGAGCCAAGAACAUUGAAUUUGGCAAUACAGGUAGCCAUGGCAAAGACCAUGAAGAAAAUGAAUAUUCAUUUAUAUAA